GUUGUACAGUAAAAAUAUUCGCAAACAGCUGAGCAUGACAUUACAUAAAAUGUUAACGGCGCCGAUCAAGCAUUUGUUGGAUACCUAUCACUGUAUCUUCAGUCAGGUUUAAAUUUUAAUGGACUUUAAAAUUUGAAUACACGAGGAAAUCACACAGUUAGCGUUAAAUUUUCGUCUUUGUUUAUGGAAAUUGAAUGUAGGGGAUAGUGCAAGAUUAAUGCUGUAUACAUUUUUAUAUCUGUGGUUUGAUAAGUUAUUGAUUUUGGAAAUAAAAACUGCCGGUGACAUCUGUCGUCUGAGUACAGUCUGGAGCACGCGAUAACUCAAUUGUUUGGCUUAUAACCAAAUACAUACUAAUAAGUAAAAUUACCUACUAGUAGUCCUACUACGAGUUCUUCUUUGUUUUGUUAUUAUUUUAUUGUUGGUAAAACACUACUUAAAGUACCUACUAAACAUUUUCUUUGGUCAAGUUAUUGAGCUUCUAAAAAAAUCUCAUUAUAAUUAAACAUAAUAUCCAACGUGUGGGGAAGGAUAUAAAUGAAGAAUGAUAGUUUACGGGUUAUAUGCCUUUCCACCCUGUAUAUAGACGACUGUGUCCUAGAAAACUCGCAUAUUCAAUGAUGGCGUUAUCGCGUAUAUCUGUGCGGUAUCACGUGACUCCCAAGCAAUUUAGUAUGUGUUGUAGUUUACGUCAAAUAUUUUAUAGAUUUUUUCUACUUGAGGAAACUAGAGUCAGACUAUGAAUAGUCUGCAUCGGAUUUGAUAGCCCACGCAGUGAAAGUGUUAUUUAAAACGUCAAACUUCUAUAAAAUUAUGACGUAAAAAUGACACUUGCACUGCGAGGGCUAUCAAAUCCAGACUUUUUUUGGUCCAACUCUACUCAUUUAUUUUGGAUGUUGUUAUCUAUAUCUAUGGAGGUUCACCUUAAGACUUCAUUAAUUUUCUCCUCCCUGACACAGGUUAAAAAUCAUAUAAACUAUUCAAAUGAAAAUAUACAUAAAUUGUAUAUGUAUUUUAAAAAUAUUCAAAUAUAUGUUAUAGCCUGCUUUUAUGUGAUGUUUACCAUUAGUUUAUUAGUUAUAAAUAAUUUAUGUAUUUUCAUAUUUUGAGUAAGUAAUGUGUAUUUUUACAUAAUAAAACUAAGAUCAAGAUCUGUUAGCCUUUGACAUGUAUAUAGGUUUUGUGUACAUAUAAUGUAAAAAUUGCAUAUAAUAUACAUAUUGAAUAAUUACUACUAGUUACUUAAUAAUCAGUAUAACGUAAUUUAAGUGAACGAAAUAAACUGCGUGUUUAAUUGUUCUAAAAAAUAUGACAAUGAGUGUAAACACAAGCCUUUGAUAUAACUUUUCUUAAAAUAUUUCUGGAACGAAAAAAUCGUAUACACAGUUAGCGUAUGGCCAAGACUAGUCUGCAGCAAUUUUCAUAGCCCACGCAGUGCAAGUAUUGUUUUAAAUGUUAACUUCUAUGAACUUAUGACGUAUAAAUAACACUUGCACUGCGUGGGCUAUCAACAUCGCACAGACUUUUCUUGGUCUAACUCGAGACCCCAUUCACAUGAGUGCCUUUGGAACGCGCGUUAAAAAAUGCGCUUGAAUCUGUCCGCAGUCGCAUGCUAAAUUCGAUUUAACGGCCAAGGUUAAAGUCGAAAAUCCAACUACGCUUCAUAAAAAGCGCCACCGCCAUCGUGUGAAUAAAUACACAUGUAUACCUACUUAUCCAUUUGUGGCAUUCAAGCGCUUGUAUAACGCGCGUAGAAAAAGCGCUCGUGUGUAUGAGACCUUUUCCGCACAAUUUUGUACAAAUCAUCGUAUAAGCAUUUUGACUUUACAGAAAAACAAGCAUUGCUUUCAUUUGUUGUACAAUACAUUCAAAUAAUUUUAUAGAGAUUACCAACUUUUAAUUUAUUUUGUAGUUAAUAAAACUAUACAGUGUACCUACUUAGAUUGUGAGCAUAAUAAUAAUAAAAAAAACAAUGAGUACUUAACUAAUUCGUUUUCAUAUUUCCAAGUUUCAUAUUGAUUGAUAUGACAGCCUGACCUCUCCCUUAUCCCUUACCAAUCGUUGAAAAAUGUAGUUGUAAAUUGGCCCGGUAUAACUGUCUCAUUUCAAACAUAAAUAUGUAGAGAGAAUCAUACUGUCUUUGACUUAGGCUAGUACUAGCACCCAAAAGAGUUUCUUUAAAAAAUUAAAGAAUGUUUCCUUUAAGAAAACUGUGCCAACUUAAGGUUUUAAGGCACUUUCCCUCCAGGGCCCAUAUUUUUUUUCCACACUGUAGAGAACAAAGAACAACCAGGGAAGUUUUAGUCUACUGCUGGUAACACUAUAUCUGUCAAAAGUGUCAAUGUCAGUUAAAUGUCAUGCUAUGCUUGCUCUACGUUCUUGGCUCAAUUUAACUUUUUGAUAACAAUACAGAUUAGGAACUUUUUAUUUAUUGGGCGAACUAAGCGCGGCAAAUCCAGUCUUAUGCUUUGGAUAUGGCGGUUGCAAACUGCUAUUUUAAAUAGAGUGUAAUAAGAAAUUGUAUAUAAUAGUAAAGUUUUAGAAACACUUUGUAUGUGUAAAAAACCGGAGUGCCUUUGAAAAUAAUAAAAUGAAGUUCGACGAAACAGGUGAUCAAGAUGACCAUUUAAACCUGAAAAAUAGGACUAAGAACCGUCCACAUAUUAACUAUGAGCUCCCGGACCCGGAGGACCGCCAGGAGAAGCCAUGGCAGCGGGUUAAUAAUACUCCAUUCAUUAAUACGGUCCCCAGUUAUUUCAUCAUUCUCGUGCUGGGUUUCUAUCUCCUGUUGGCGUACUCAACGCAGGCGGUGGAGGAUGACAUGCCUCGGCCCGUGAUGGAUGCUGACCUCAGAGACGUGAGUUUACUUAACCGAAUAGCCUUCAGCGAAGAGAAGGCUCUGCAGUACCUGUACACAAUAAUGGGGGAUAAGCCCCGCGUGGCCGGCACCGAGUACCACCUGCACCAGACCGAGGUGGUACGCGACCUGCUGCUCAACGUCACCAGGGACGCCACGCUCCCGGUCACGGUGGUGUGGCAGACGGGUACUGGUGAGUAGUAGCUGCAGUACCUGUACACAAUAAUGGGAGAUAAGCCCCGCGCGGCCGGCACCGAGUACCACCUGCACCAGACCGAGGUGGUACGCGACCUGCUGCUCAACGUCACCAGGGACGCCACGCUCCCGGUCACGGUGGUGUGGCAGACGGGUACUGGUGCCUUUAAAUUAGACCACGAGUUACCUUACUUGGGGUGGUACUACAACGCGUCCAACAUCGCCGCGUUGUUGGAGGGCGAGAGCGGGGUGCGAGCGAACGGCGAGCUCGGCACUACCCUGCUGCUUAACUGUCAUUACGACUCUGUGCCUUUUGCGCUGGGGGCAUCGGACAACGUAGCUUUCUGCGCGAUCAUGGCAGAGAUUCUACACCGGCUGGCGCAGAGAACCACCAAGUUUAAACACAACCUCAUCUUCCUAUUCAACGGCGCCGAGGAGAAUGCUCUCCAGGGGGCGCACGCGUUUCUGCAGCACCCGUGGGCGCGGAACAUCACCGCCGUCGUCAACCUGGACGCGGCUGGCAUGAACGGGAAAGCAAACGUCUUCCAAACAUUGGACUCACGGCUUGUCCGCGCCUACGCCAAGUCCACCAACCGGCCUUCAGCCCAGUCGUUCGGAGAGUUUCUGUUCGGGUCCGGGCUCGUGCCUUCCGACACCGACUUCAGGGUAUGGCGGGACUACGGACAGUUUUACGGUAUCGACAUCGCGUUCACGAAAUGGGGCAACGUGUACCACACGCGCAACGACAACCCGACCAACCUGCAGCCCGGCGUGCUCCAGGCGGCCGGGGACAUGCUGCUCAACCUCGUCACCAUCAUGGCAGACAUGCCUGAACUUGAAGAAAAGCCCGGCGUGCUCCAGGCGGCCGGGGACAUGCUGCUCAACCUCGUCACCAUCAUGGCAGACAUGCCUGAACUUGAAGAAAAGCCCGGCGUGCUCCAAGCGGCCGGGGACAUGCUGCUCAACCUCGUCACCAUCAUGGCCGACAUGCCUGAACUUGAAGAAAAGCCCGGCGUGCUCCAAGCGGCCGGGGACAUGCUGCUCAACCUCGUCACCAUCAUGGCCGACAUGCCUGAACUUGAAGAAAAGCCCGGCGUGCUCCAGGCGGCCGGGGACAUGCUGCUCAACCUCGUCACCAUCAUGGCAGACAUGCCUGAACUUGAAGAAAAGCCCGGCGUGCUCCAAGCGGCCGGGGACAUGCUGCUCAACCUCGUCACCAUCAUGGCAGACAUGCCUGAACUUGAAGAAAAGCCCGGCGUGCUCCAGGCGGCCGGGGACAUGCUGCUCAACCUCGUCACCAUCAUGGCAGACAUGCCUGAACUUGAAGAAAAGCCCGGCGUGCUCCAGGCGGCCGGGGACAUGCUGCUCAACCUCGUCACCAUCAUGGCCGACAUGCCUGAACUUGAAGAAAAGCCCGGAGUGCUCCAGGCGGCCGGGGACAUGCUGCUCAACCUCGUCACCAUCAUGGCCGACAUGCCUGAACUUGAAGAAAAGCCCGGCGUGCUCCAGGCGGCCGGGGACAUGCUGCUCAACCUCGUCACCAUCAUGGCAGACAUGCCUGAACUUGAAGAAAAGGUAAACAUAUACACUUUAAAUGGGGCAACGUGUAAACAUAUACACCUUAAAUGCGGCAACGUGUACCACACGCGCAACGACAACCCGACCAACCUGCAGCCCGGCGUGCUCCAGGCGGCCGGGGACAUGCUGCUCAACCUCGUCACCAUCAUGGCAGACAUGCCUGAACUUGCCGAAAAGGCGGAGCCAACUACUAUGGUGUACUACGACUAUCUGAACAGCUUUUUGAUCGCGUACCCGCUGUGGGCGGCGUACUUAGUGGACGCGCUGUUCGCCGUGGUGGCGCUCAUGAGUGUGGGCUACUUUGUGUUCGUGGUCGGCGUGCGCAAGUCUACGUUCCGCGGCUUAGCUUGGGCGGUGCUGGGCCGCUUGGUGUGCACGCUGGCCGCGUUCGGCGUGGGGCUCGUGCUCGUGCUCAUCAUGAGCGGCACCACCACGCAGCUCAGAUAUCUUUCUCAUCAGUGGAUAACCGUCCCGAUCUACUGGAUACCCUAUGUCCUGGUUGCCAUGAUUACAUCCCAACUCUAUGAUGCUUGGAGUAGCAAAAAGUCGGGACUUAACCGGUCGUUCCGCGCGCUGCAAGCUUCAGCGGCGACACGUUUCAUUCUGGCCGUGUUACUCCUCGUCAUGACCUGCGUCCCCUCGCUGACGACCAUGCGAUACAUAUUCGCGGUGCCGCUGUUCCUCAUGUCUGUGUUCUCCGUGAUCCCUCUCAUGCUGGCGCGGUAUCUGCGAGUGCCGGCUUAUCUAAACCUGUCGUUCCGCGCGCUGCAAGCUUCAGCGGCGACACGAUUCAUUCUGGCCGUGUUACUCCUCGUCAUGACCUGCGUCCCCUCGCUGACGACCAUGCGGUACAUAUUCGCGGUGCCGCUGUUCCUCAUGUCUGUGUUCUCCGUGAUCCCUCUCAUGCUGGCGCGGUAUCUGCGAGUACCGGCAUGGCAGCAACUGUUCGUGGAGAUGCUUGUGUCUGUUCCGACGCUGAUGUUCCUGUUCGCGCUGUGCCUGCGCAUCAACUCGCUGAUGUUGCCGGUGAUGGGCCGCAGCGCCAGCAACUCCCCUGACUUCCUCGUGGGGCUGCUGAACCUUGGGCUGGCAGCACUCGUCACCAGCGCGGUGUCGGGCAUCGAGCUCCUGUUCUCCAGGAAGCGUCUGUGGCUGCCGACGGCACUGGCGGGCCUGGCGGCGCUCGUCAUCAUGUUCCUGCCCUUGGAGCCCUACGACGCCGCGGGCACCGGGCUGCAGCGGCACUACUGGUUUCACACAGAAAUAAUAAAUCACACGGUUACCCCGCCGACCAGUAUCUCUGGCGUUACGGUGACGAAGAUUGACCCCUACACCAUCGCUCGGACGCGGAGGGCACUGGCUGACUCCGGCCUCAAUUACACAGUUAAAGCUGAUUUAGCGGGGGACUGCGAGCAAUACAUUUUCUGCAAUCUGCCGAUGUUCAGAACCAGGUUGCCUAAUUCCUACGCGGAAGCCUUGUUCAUCGAAAUGCCGCCGCCUACGGCGUUCGCCACGAUGCCCAGUUUGCGGCUCGAAAGCAGGCUGUGCUCUGGCACCAACUGCACGCUUCACUUCGCUUUCGACGGGCCAGCCCACAACACGUUAACACUAUGGCCCCGCUCGGGGUCCAUCGUAGCGUGGUCGUUCGACGCGGACUGCGACCCGUCCUUCACGCAGAACGACCGCCCCGCCUACACGAUCGUGCAGGCCUCGGCCACCUACAGCGAUCCGUUCGACACGCAGUAUUUCUGGAUCACUUUGGAGGUGCCGGUAGCGCAGCAGUCGCAGGCGCUGCUGGACAUAGCGCAGCACGCGCACAAGAAGCAGCACCCGGAGCUGUUCACGCGCGAGUACCAGCAGCUGCUCGACGCCAUGCCAGACUACUUCAAUAUUGACAGCUCGAUCUCCAUACGGAAUAACUAUGUCUUCUAGAGCAGACAUUCUCAAAGUGGGCUCCGCGGACCCCUAGGGCUCCGCAAAGCCUCCGCGACAAAAAGCAAAAACAAAUCAAUAACCAACUCUCCUAUAUCGCUGGUCCACAGUUAAUUUGACAAACGAAAAUUUUUAAGUGGGGCUUCGUCAUAUCAUAUAUUUAGGUUUCGUCACCAAAAAAAGUUUGAGAACGGCGGUUCUAGAGAUAUACCAGCAGCUUAUCCUAUGGAUUCAAUGUGUACUGCUUAACUGAGGAGGUUGGUAAGAAAUUGGUUAGGUACUAUGCGUGAAGCUGAUUUCGUCAGGUGAUAACCAAAACUCACUAAUUGCUACCGCAAGUUAAUAGCAAGUGAACCAUAUUAAUCCUGCAAUAAGGUUGAUUUUUGUGUAUUUAUUAUUUUUUAUUAAUUAGUAAGUUUUAGUUGUCACCAGUUAUAGUAGGACUUGCCGCCAUGCCAGCCAACAUGGCUCGCUGUCUAAUGCCUCGCGCCUUCUAAAGUUAUUCCGAUUGGUAGCCUGUUAUGCCUGAGUACUUUUUGUACUAAAACUGACUGAAGUAGCAUGAUUAAUACGAACGUUUCCGAAAAAACACAAUGUAAACGGAUUAUUCACUACAUUUGUAGCAAUGACAAAUUCGACCAUUGUUCGUAGAGCUAGCCGUAAGUAGUUGAACAAUAUCGGGUGUAUAUAAAUUUUUGACCCGUUAAUCGUCAACUUUUUUAAUGAUUUUGUUACUUCUAAUUUAACCAAAUGUUGUAAAAUACAGUGGAAAUAAGUUGUUAACUAGUUCAGACCUUAACGAGUCAUCCUGUGGGGCAGAUAAAGGACCAUGCUACUUGUCAUUUCUGUUAGGGUUUGGUUUGGACCAUUUUGACACAUACCUAGUCCUUUGACUUCUGAACGUUGUAAAUACAUAUUAACAAAGAUGCUCAAGUUAGACUUAUACACUGGUUUAUGUUAUGUUUAUAUAGUAUUUUUCAAAUACAAAGAGUACCAUGACAAGUGUCAUUUCCAUAUAAUUUUAAACCCUAAAACGCCAAAUCUCGCAAAAUUCUAUUGAGAUUACAUCUGCCAGCGUACCCUUCCUGUUUGAAAAAUACUUUAAUAAGAAGAAUAGUUAUUAAGAGUUGUCUACUCCGGCUCUAUUCAUUCGUUCUGAAUAUAAUAAAUACUAUACUAAUCACGUGGUAUUUUUUCAGUAUCUAUUAUGGUAGGUAUAUUACCUACCAAAAUCUGAAUGCAAUUUUAGCGACAUUGCGGACUCAACCGACCGAUCAAAACCCGCAAUGUAAUGACACUCGCAUGAGAGUUCUCGCAUCGUCUAAAUGAGCCCUGUCUAUUUCUUUUUACUAGAUUUUUUAACUAAGUUUUUCUAAUUGAGAAGAAUUGAAAAAAAAUCUUUCAGUAGAAUGAUUUGACAUUUACUACGUACCUAUUGAAUUCAUUUAUUAUGUUAAUAAUAUUAUUAAAAUUAAUUAGGUGAAUAGGUAAUGCUGUAGCAGCUAAAAAAGUUAAAUCUACCCAUUCACACUAGAAUAUUACUUUAGCUAGGGAUAUGCGUACAGUCAGUACGACUAUGUUAUUAUUUAUAUUCUUUUUAUUUUAUUUUUCUGUUUUUUGUGCAUGUAAAUUUGUUUACACCAACUAUUAAUAUAGCUGUUUACAUUAAAAACUUGAUUUUGA